AUGCUUCCUCUUCCUCCUCCACCUUCGUCUCGGUCCCCCUCUCUUUCUCCUUCUCUUUCUUCUUCUUCUUCGAGUUCUCGGCCACUGCAGCCACCACCUCAGAAACAUGCCCAACAAUUAGCUCUAAACCAAGUUAGCAUAUCAAUGCAAGAGAUGAAUAGUGAAAGUAGAACUAGCAAAACACCACCGGAUACUCACAUCAUGUCUUCCAUAAAGCAACCGAUACUCAGACAAGCUGUGAGCAGCAAUGACCGAGCAACCCCAUCACCAAAUAUCUUCAUCAAGGCAUCUAUACAGGAGCCAAUUCUCAGGCACACUCAACCCCGACGAACCAAUCCACUUGUAUGGUUUGGUGCUAUUCUCUGUCUAGUAUUUAGUCUUCUUCUCAUUUUCUUUGGAAUAGCAACUUUGAUAGUUUACCUUGUUGUUAAACCGAAAAUACCAUUAUUUGACACCCCAAACGCACGCCUUAACACCAUCUACUUCGACGCACCAGAUUAUUUCAACGGCGAUUUUGCUGUCCUUGCAAAUUUCACCAACCCAAAUAGGAAACUCGACAUAAGGUUUGAGUUUGUGGAUGUAGAGCUUUACUUUGCUGACAGGCUCAUAUCAAGACAAGCUCUUCAGCCUUUCACUCAAAGACCUCGAGAGACAAGGCUUGAAGCAAUUCACCUCAUAUCAAGCUUGGUUUACUUGCCUCUAAAUCACGCCCUGGAACUUCGAACACAAGUACAGAGCAACAAAGUCAGCUACAAUAUAAGAGGGACUUUUAAAGUGAGAGCAACUCUUGGUAUGAUACAUGUUACUUACUGGUUACAUAGUAGAUGCCAAUUGCAGAUGACAGGACCACCAACCGGUAUUUUAGUUGCCCGAAAUUGCAGAACAAAGAGAUGAAGAAGAAGAAGAAAGUUUUCCCAAGAAGAGGCUUGAAGCGGGGGACAUUACACUUAGUGAGAAGGAAGCCAUACAUGGACUAAUCAAAGACCAGAGUAUGUUACAAUCAGCAAAAGAGAAAAAGAAGAAGAAAACAUAAAGUGGGGGGUGGGCACCACCACCAACUUAAAAAAAGAAAAAGAAAAA